AUGACUAAUUUUGGUCGAAUGGGGAUAAGACCUAAAUUUGUAGAAGGUGUCAUUGGUUUUGUGGAGUAUGCAAAGACAUUAGAUCCUUUUCAACGUAGUGGUAUGAUUAAGUGUCCUUGUAAUAAAUGUCAAUGUUUGAAUUAUGAAAAACCAGAUGUUGUUGAGCUUCAUAUCUAUCGAAAUGGGUUUAAAAAAGAAUACACUGUGUGGACUAGUCAUGGAGAAAUUGAUAAUAACUUUGAUGUAUUCCAACAUUAUGUUCCUGGUGAAAGUAGUAGCAAUGUGAAUUCUAAUGCACAAAAUUAUAGAAUUGAUGACAUGGUUCAAGAUGCUUUUGGUGUGCAUUCUGAUUUUGAUUUUGCUAAUCAAGGUGAAGAAGCUCCUAAUGUUGAAUGUAAAAUUUUCUUUGAACAAUUGGAAUAUGCUAGUCGACCUUUAUAUGAGGGGAGUCCACACUCACAGUUGUCUAUUGCGGUUAGAUUAUUAAGUAUCAAAUCAGAUUGGAAUAUUCCUCAAGGGGCAAUGGACUCUGUGAUUGACCUUAUUCAUAAUUUAGUUGACCCAAAUCUAGAGAUACCUGAUAAUUUCUAUAAGGCCAAAAGGUUGACUGCUAGUGGGAAGAAAGUUCCUAUUAAGGCAAUGCAUUACUUACCUCUUAUUCCAAGGUUAAAGAGGUUGUAUGCGUCUAAUAGAUCUGCUCCUCAUGUGAGAUGGCACCAUGAACAUAGAAGACCACCUGGAGUUAUGUGUCAUCCAUCCGAUGGAGAGGCUUGGAAGCAUUUUGAUAGAACACAUCCACAAUUUGCAGCUGAACCAUGUAACAUUAGAUUGGGUUUAUGUUCAGAUGGAUUCACGCCACAUUCUGUUUCUGCUGCACCAUAUUCUUGUUGGCAUGUAUUUGUAACACCAUAUAAUCUUCCACCCGAGAUGUGUAUGACCAGUCCAUAUAUAUUUCUCAAUUGUGUCAUUCCUGGCCCUCGGAAUCCAAAAGUAUUGGUUGAUGUAUACUUGCAACCUUUGAUUGAUGAGUUGAAACAAUUGUGGGUUCAAGGGGUUGAAACAUUUGAUGUGUCUCUUAAGCAGAAUUUUAAUUUGCGGGCUGCCUUAAUGUGGACUAUUAAUGAUUUUCCAGCAUAUGGAAUGUUGUCAGGGCGGAUGACAGAGGGAAAGUUAGCUUGUCCUUAUUGUAUGGAAAAUACUAAAUCAUUCACUUUGAAACAUGAUUCUUGGUUUGACUGUCAUCGACAGUUCUUGCCAAUGGAUCAUGAGUUUAGGAGUAUGAAAAAUGCAUUCAGAAAGAAUUAUGUUGAACAAGGUUAUCCUCCUCAUAUCUUAACUGGAGAACAAGUUUGGGAGAGGGUUCAAAACUUUCCAAAGGUCGCAAAAUAA